GUGAGAUCGUUCAACAGCUUGCAAUGGCUUCGAUUGUCAAGGAAGGCUCUCUACUCAAGUGUCCAAAAGACGACAAAUCCGGCACAAAGAAAUGGCGAGCUCGCUGGUUUGUGUUGAAACGUAAGGCUACUGAUGCGUGUGUGUUGGAGUACUACAAGAACCAGACGAAGAAAAAGCGGAAAAGAGAACUCGAUUUAUCCGGAGAAAUUCAGCUGGCUGUUGUACCAGACUAUGGACGAAGUUAUGAGUUUGUUUUCUACAUAGUUACUCUCAAAAGAAAGCUCUACUUGGCAGCAUCUUCACAAACUGAUAGAGACGCUUGGGUUGGUGUAUUGGGUCGAAUGCUUAACCAGGAAGUCCAAGUCCAGCUGGCCAGCAUAGCAAAAAAGAAAGAGACGAAAGCAUCCCCUUCUCGUUUACAAAGCAUCUCGAGUCCUUCUAAAGCUGAGGCGAGGUCGAGUGUUUCCGAUUUUGUUCCCGCGGAAAGAGACGACACGCCCCCGCGUCCAAACCCCUACGCUCAACACGUGUCGAAGAAGUCGCCAACCUCGUCGUCCUCUCUUCGCCAGCAGCAGCUUCCACACCAACCUGCAGACUCUCACCUCCAUUUUCCGCGACAAUCAGCUGCCACCUGGUCGGAGAGUCCUGAGCCAGACGCAUCAAAAGGUCAAACGACCACAAUAGAACAUUUGCCUUCGUCUCCUGUUGGAAUUUUUGCUCAGCAGCCACUGAGAGAGCCUGAACACUUGCAGGGGGCUUUACCAGCGCCUGGAGAAGACCGACUGGUGUGAGGAUGCGCAGUCGCUUUGUGAUGGACAAACACGUUACACAAAAUUUUAAUUGUGCAAUCGGCCUUCUUGUUUUAGUUGCAGAUUCUAUGUGCAUUGAAUUGGAGAUUUUGAAUUGGGUAAUACAUCACGUGUAC